AUGUUUCGUCCCCUUCUGCCGCGCUGCGGCGCUUCACAGGCUGCCCGGACCUCCAGGUUACUACUCGGAUUGAGGCAAAAUGCCAGGCAGUACAGCAUUGGCGCUGGUGCUGCCUCGUCUACCAUCCAGCUCGAUAUCGAGCCCAAGCACCUCUCCAUCACCAAGACCACCAAGCCCGGCGCACUCCGCAAGCCUGAGGAGCUCGUCUUCGGCCAGACCUUCACAGCUAACUCGGGCCUUCUUCCAGACCACAUGCUCACCGUCGAGUGGGACAAGGACAACGGCUGGGCGGCGCCCAAGAUCUCCCCCUACCAGAACCUCUCUCUGGACCCGGCGUCGUGCGUGUUCCACUACGCCUUCGAGUGCUUCGAGGGCAUGAAGGCCUACAAGGACAAGUCGGGCCAGGUCCGGCUCUUCCGCCCGGACAAGAACAUGGAGCGCCUCAACAAGUCAGCCACGCGCAUCGCGCUGCCCAGCUUCGGCGCCCCGGCCGUCAUCGACCUCAUCUCGCAGUUCGCCAAGCUCGAGUCGCGCUUCAUCCCGGACCAGAAGGGCUACUCGCUCUACCUGCGGCCCACCAUGAUCGGCACGCAGAAGACGCUCGGCGUCGGCGCCCCCGGCUCGGCCCUGCUCUUCGUCAUCGCCUCCCCCGUCGGCCCUUACUACCCGACCGGCUUCAAGGCCAUCACGCUCGAGGCCACCGACUACGCCGUGCGCGCCUGGCCCGGCGGCGUCGGCGACAAGAAGCUCGGCGCCAACUACGCGCCCUGCAUCGUGCCCCAGCGCGAGGCCAUGAGCCGCGGCUUCCAGCAGAACCUGUGGCUCUUCGGCGAGGAGGGCUACGUCACCGAGGUCGGCACCAUGAACAUGUUCGUCGCCAUGGUCGACAAGCGCUCCGGCAAGAAGCAGCUCGUCACGGCGCCGCUCGACGGCACUAUCCUCGAGGGCGUCACCCGGGACUCGGUCCUGGCCCUCGCCCGCGAGCGCCUCGCCCCCGAGGGCUGGGAGGUCGUCGAGCGCAAGUACACGAUGCAGGAGCUCUACGACGCCUCGCACGAGGGCAGGCUCAUCGAGGCCUUUGGCGCCGGCACCGCCGCCAUCGUCUCGCCCGUGAGGAGCAUCCACUGGAAGGGCGAGAACGUGCAGUGCGGUCUGCACGAGCACGAGGAGUCUGGCGAGAUUGCGUCCAAGAUGAAGAACUGGAUCGAGGAGAUCCAGUACGGUGACAUUGAGCAUGAGUGGAGUUACAAGUGCUAG